AUGUUGGCCUAUGUGCACUUAUUCAUACAGUAUGUAUUUGGUUUAGAUGCCAUAAUGGAGUUCACUGGAGGGCAUCUGACAGUUAGUGGUGCCACUGGCACAGCUGGUAUCUUCUCCACUUACCCAGCAGACUACCUGAGUCUAUGGGGAGGAGUGGUAGACCAGAUAAUUGGCACUGCUGCUCUUCUAGUAUGUGUUCUUGCAUUGGGAGAUCCUCAUAACACACCAGCACCUCCUGGUCUGGAGCCUGUCCUGGUAGGAGCAGUUGUCCUGGUCAUCGGGAUUUCAAUGGGAUCUAACAGUGGAUAUGCCAUCAACCCGGCACGAGACAUCGGACCAAGACUCUUCUCUUACAUUGCAGGCUGGGGAGACGAGGUGUUCAGGGCCGGACAUGGAUGGUGGUGGGUACCGUUGGUUGUAACAUGUGUUGGUGCUCUUCUGGGUUCAUUACUUUAUGAGCUGCUGAUUGGAGUACAUCAUCCAGACUCAGAGCCAAUGGAUCCUGAAGGCCUGACAGCGAAGGUCCAGCAAACUCUGGAGUUAGACAGUGUCCAGUCCAAGUUUGACACCAUUAAAGAAAACGGCAAGGAAAGAAUAUUUUCCAUUACCUCAGCAGAUAUAAGAUAAAGCGAAAAGAAUCGGUCAAAUGUGUGAUGGAAUCUGAUUUGUUACUAUUUAAAUGUUAAAUGCAUUCAAUUUUUGGAAGCAAUCAUUAUCACAGUAAUUGUCUGGCAAAGUAUUGUGGUCUUCUAUAUCUUAUCUAGUAAUUUUAGAUUUCUUUGUAGGUUUCUAAUCAAAUGUCAACAAUGGCGUUGUAAAAACCUGAAGGCUGGCUGAUGUCUUUAAAACGUUACUAUUUAAAACACAGUUACUAUUUGUAACACUAUCUAUUCAAUGCUGAAUUGUGGUUCAGUAAAGAGUGCUUUAUAUUUUCUUUUGUUAGAAAAAAAUCGAAAUAUACUCGAUACCAGUUCUAAUGAAGCGGUAAAGCUUUACAGUAAUAUUUUUUGUUUGUUUAUUAAUGUUAAUAUGAAUAAUUUAAACAAUUAACAUGAACAAUGAUUAAUGCAUUGACACAUGAAACCUCUAUACUAAAGUGCUAUCUAUUAAUUUUCUACCUACAAAAUGUUUUGAUUUUAGAUGUAUUUUCAACAUUAAUUGCAUUGCAUUCAAAGAUUGAUAUGAAACUAUGUCCAUUUUCUAUUAUUAUGUGUUUCCCAGCAUGCAAAGGGACAUAAAUCAUUAAGGACACCAUCAUCUGUACCGUACCAAUUUACUGUUUUAUUUAGAAAUAGAACUGACACAGAUGUACGGCAGUGAAACAGGCAGGUCAUCACAGAAUAAGAUGGCUGUCUAUAGACUGUCUAUGUAUGGGAUGUAUACAUCUAUUACUGGAGAAAGUCACACUCUCACAAGAUGAUUCACACGAUCACAAUAUUAUUUUUAAGAAAUGUGGUUUUCGACAAGCACAGAACUUUCUGAUAGAAAAGACUCUUAUCAAAGAAAAAAAAUACACAAACGACAUUCAUAUUUGUACAUAAAUCGCCAUAAAACACACAAGCAAUCCUUCAAACUCAGUGUCGAUUUUUUUUUUCAAUCGGAUGAAGUCGUAAAAAUUACAUCAGGUCCCGAACACAAAAUUUCACUACUAGCUUUUCGAUAUCACCUUUCAGCUUUGAAA